AUGUCAUCAGCUACACAAUUAGGGAUCUCAGAAAGAGAGUAUGAAGAAGCCUUAGCCGUUGAAAAGUUAUUUUUCUUAUCUUCGAAAGAAAGAUGCAAUUAUUGUAACAGUGGGAGACCGACAUUUGUUGAUACAUAUAAUUAUGAAUUUUUAUGUGACAAAUGUUCAUAUAGAAGUAAACACAAAAAAAAAAUCGGAGAAGAUUCUAUAAGUUAUUAUGAUGUCCAAAAAUUAGAAAAGAAAUAUGGGGUAGCCACUUCUACAAGUUAUAAUAAUAGUAGACAUCAUCGUAAAUCAAGUAACAGUCAUCAUCACCAUCACCAUAAUGAUAAAAAGUCCAAAUCUAAAAGUAGACAUAGGUCAGGAAAAAAACAUAUUGAUGUAUUGUCAGAUGAUAACAGUUCUUCAUACGAAUAUGAAGAUAAAUUAAGAAAAAAAAAAAAAAAAGAUAAGGAAAAAGAUAAAAGUGGAGGGGAUAGAGAUAGAGAUAGAGAUAGAAGAAGAGAUAAACAUAACAAAGAUAAAUAUAAAAAGAAAAAAAAAUAUGAUGAUUCGGAUGAUGAUUUUGAUGACGAUUUUUGUCUAAAUGAUUAUGAUCACACAACACCAGGUAUGAUAGGAAUUAUGAAUUCAAAUAAUAUGAACAAUGUAGAUAAUAAUUUCCAGGAUUUUGAUGGAAAUCAUUUAAGCUAUAAUCCAAUGGCUGAAAGUAAUUUCAACGAUUUUAACGCACAAAAUAAUAUGUAUCAUGGUAAUAUGAAUUCGAACGGAAUGAACCACAGUAACAUGACUUUUGAUCCUCCACAUUUUACAAAAGACAGUUAUAAUUCCAAAUUUAUGAACGCGCAAAAUUCGGAAAUUAUACAUACCCCAAACAACCACAUGUGCUUGGAUGAUUCAAACCCUCAUUUUAAUAACAAAAUGAAUUAUGCAAACAAUUAUAAUAUGAAAAUGAACGAAGAAUGUGAGUUCAGUAAAAUGAAAUGUGGUAACAGCGGUCUAGGCAAUAAUAGCCACAAUAGCAAAGGUAACAACCAAACUAGCAAUAAUAACAAUAGUAACAAUAACAACAGUAAUAACAAUAGCAACAAUGGAAACAGCAAUAGUAUUAACAUGAACUCUUAUGACCCCUUCGACAGUAACCUUAAGAACAACAUCAAUAGCAAUGUAGACAAAAACAGAUACAACAAUGGUGUGAUGGACAAUUUAAAUUACUUUAACAAUUCGAACUUUCCGAACAAUCACCAUGGUAACAUAAAUAAUAGACACUUUCUAAUGAACAAAAGAAGUUCUUUAAACAAUAAUUACAAUCAACAAAAUAGUAAUACAAAUUCUAUGUAUAAUCAGUAUACAGUAGCACAGAAUCCAUAUAUGUUAAAUAAUCAAAAUAUGAUGAAUGCAAAAAUGUUUUAUGAUAAUAACAUGAAUAAUACAAAAAAUAAAAAUUUUCACAAUAAUAACCCCAAUUUGCCUUUUAUGUUAAACAGUAAUAUGAAUAAUAAUCUAAAUAAUAAUAAUUGUGCUGUGGGUUCUCACAGCAGUAAUAUGAAUAAUGCACUAGCAUAUUGCAAUCCAAAUAAUUCAAAUGAUAGAACAAACUGGCAUGAUAAUGGAAGUAAAAAUAAUUCUAUUAAUAACGCUAAUAAUAAUCUUAGUAGUAAUAUUAAUAGUGGUGGUGUACCUAAUUUAGAUUUUUCUCCUGUUAAUGUAUCCGAUAAAAAUCCCUUUUCUCUUCAAAAUAUUAUUUCAAACACGAAAAAUAAGAAAUCUCCAAAUUAUAUGAACACCACGACUGAUGAUAUAAAUAGGUACACGUAUAAGUGA